AUGCUGAGGGUACGUUCGGCUACUGCUGACCUACCGUAUUGGUUCAUGCUAAGGGUACCACCGGCUACUGCUGACCUACCGUAUUGGUUCAUGCUAAGGGUACCACCGGCUACUGCUGACCUACCGUAUUGGUUCGUGCUAAGGGUACCACCGGUUACUGCUGACCUACCGUAUUGGUUCAUGCUAAAGGUACCACCGGCUACUGCUGACCUACAGUAUUGGUUCAUGCUAAAGGUACCACCGGCUACUGCGGACCUACAGUAUUGGUUUAUGCUAAGGGUACCACCGGCUACUGCUGACCUACCGUAUUGGUCCGUGCUGAGGGUACCACCGGCUACUGCUGACCUACCGUAUUGGUUCGUGCUGAAGGUACCACCGGCUACUGCUGACCUACCGUAUUGGUUCGUGCUGAGGGUACCACCGGCUACUGCUGACCUACCGUAUUGGUUCGUGCUGAAGGUACCACCGGCUACUGCUGACCUACCGUAUUGGUCCGUGCUGAGGGUACCACCGGCUACUGCUGACCUACCGUAUUGGUUCGUGCUGAUGGUACCACCGGCUACUGCUGACCUACCGUAUUGGUUCGUGCUGAGGGUACCACCGGCUACUGCUGACCUACCGUAUUGGUUCGUACUGAAGGUACCACCGGCUACUGCUGACCUACCGUAUUGGUUCGUGCUGAGGGUACCACCGGCUACUGCUGACCUACCGUAUUGGUUCGUGCUGAGGAUCGAUUGCCGCUGAGUACCGUAUUAGAAGAAGUUUCCAUGUAAUCAUACUUCUUUGUGUCAUGAAAUUUACAUGAUAUACUUCGAUACGGCGAAUAUCAACGAAUGAACAUCACUACAAAGGAACAGAAGGUUUGUCGAGGGUUAUGCCAUCUGCUAGGUCAUUUCCUACCAUUCUGUAAACAAAUAGAUUUUUCGGACGAUUCCGAUUUGAAAUAAGCUUCGCUAAAACUAGACAAACACGAAACUACAUAAAGGUUACAAGGGCAAAUUAUUUUGGGCAAUCAUGUCGCAUGAAGUGCUUACACGUUUCAAGCAAGCGAAGAGUGUAAUUUUAGCGAAGGCUCAGACUGCGUGUUUACAGAGAACGGACGGAGCGCUUACAGUAAGCGGAAAGCGCGCUUAUAACAUACUUACAGCAGGCAGACAGCGUGCUUGCAAUGUGAUUACAACUAGCGGACAGCUUGGUUGCAGUGAAGAGGAGAGCAAAGUUUAAUACAAGCGUUCAAUCCUCAGUGGGGCUAUUCUGUAAAAUGAAUUUCUGGUUUUUAAGUUUUGAUUAAAUAAAUUUUAAUUAAAUAGUAGAUAAACC